AUGACCAUCCCCUUCCUCAACAUCAAGAUAUCACUAGACGAAUUCUGUCCGCCAGCGGCCUUUGCUGCUGUCAUGGUGGACUUCUUCGAUGAGAUCUAUCCCGUCAUGCCUCUAGUACAACAUGCCAACGAGGCCGUCCUUAUGUUCCGCGAGCUAGGACUCUACCGUGCCGAGGCGUACAAGUGCUUGUCACGCGCUGGGGCCAUCAUCAGUCGCCGCAUGUUCUGGGUUCUAUACAUGAUGCAAAUGUACUCUUACACUUCUGCGCCAGAACCACUCACUGUUCUGCACUUUGAUGCUUCAAAAACGGACUGGGAUGCGUUGCGCACAAACGAUAUGGACUAUGUGGGCAUAGAGCCCGACCCUGACGACAAGGACGAGGAUAUUGACGAGGCUGCCGACGUGGACAAAAGCAAGCCCCCUGAGCCUGGAACCUACUCCCGCCGCCACCGACACAAGCACACACUCAUCAUGGCUGGAUUCAACGCAAUUAUUGCCAUGCAUAUCUGCGUGACUGAGAUGAUUGUUGACCGGCUACCAAGACCUCCGCCUUUUGCUCCGGCUUUGUCGUAUUCUCGGCCUACGUCUACAGCCCUGCCGUCAUUUUCAGCUCUCUCCACAUUUUCAACGCCGUCUCCAUAUGAAGACCAGCACUUUGUGGCGCCUCUGAAUUAUUCAGACCCUUCACAGCCCCCACGACUACCGCCUAUCAGCCUGUCAGUUCGAUCAUCGGCGGCAAGUACCACAGCUGCAGCUGCACCCUCACCGUCAUCUACAGUGACGACUACUCUGCAGAUGAUUCAGUCCGGUAUAACUCGAAUUCGCCACGUCCUUGACGGGCUUCCGCCUGAAUUUCGGUUCCCACAUGCCCUGGACAUGCCAAGUGACGAUUGUGAGAACCCGUCGCCUCCGGACCCAUACCGCGCCAUGCGUGCCAACAUUCAUCUGACGGGAAUUUUCCUGCAAAGCCUGGUGGUCGAGUCGUACGUCGCAAAGAUGCUGCACACACGACAUGCACCACGCACGUGGACGACCUCGGGACAUGCUGAAAACUCACCAGCUGCAUCUGCAGACAAAACGGACAUAUGUGAGGCCCACUUGAGGUGGAAUGACCGCUUCGAGAUUUGGAAGCUGCGCGAAGGAAUAGCAAAGGAGUUGCAAAAUUUGUUGCAGAGUUUCCCCAUGUCAGUAUUUGAGGUUACGGGCGUGGCCAUGACUGUCAAAAUUCGGCGCGUAGCUGCUACUCUACUAGAGCACAGUGAUCCAACAGCGCCUCCAGAAGAGGCUGGAGAGGCCGAGCGGCGACGGCAGGGCUAUCUGGACUACUUUGUGCGCGUUUUGACAGAACUGGACCACAGCCCAACAGCGAGCUUCGGUUUUGUCAAGAGCCGUAGUUAA